AUGCAGUUCCAGACGGUGGCCUCUCUUCUUUGCGCCACUGCUUCACUCUUCUCGCAACCCGCCAAGGCCCAAGACACAUCUUCUGCCAUUGGCAAUGUCGGCGACUGGUUCUCCAUGGUCGUCUACCCCCAGAUUCACAACGAAACCUACGAUUCGACCUUUAACAUGGACUACUACAGCCAGCAGCAGAUGCCAUGGAUCUACUCUCUUUGGGAGCCCUUUGGCAUGAAGGGAUAUACCAUCACCACUCUAGGGCUCGAUGCCCCAUACAGCGUAGUUACAUACUUGUACUUUAGCAACGCUGAGCAGUUUAACGAGGCAUUUGCUGCUCAUGGUGAAGAGAUCUUUUCGCGUCUGCCGCUCUUUAGCAGCGAGUUCCCUCCUCACUACGUUGGCUCGGUUUUCAACGUCACCAUCUAG